AUGUCGCACCCCUGGCCGAAGCGCCAUGCCUCUCGUUCUCCUGCUCCAAGCAUUACACCAACUUCCCCUGCGCAUCGCUUUCUUCCACCGUCCCACUAUGCAGCUGCAGCGGGCGUUCCUUACAACGCAACCCGAAGCCGUGCUCACGAAUCGCGCCCUCCUCAACCAUAUACCUCGAGCACUCCGCCGCUACCCUCUCGAUCCUCUCUUGCUUCUGCUUCCGAUUCGCACUCUCUUCAUGUCGAUUACUCUACCAAUUUUAGGUCUAAACGCAGAAGUCAAGUAGGAGAUCUGGGGCUUAUGGAAGCGCACCUGCUACCUUCUCUAAAGGACACGAUCGAUCGCAUGACAAGGCCAUCAUCACAGCUCGGAAUGCCGUCUCCAUUGCCCAAUGAGAACCCACAAUUGGAUCAUCGAUCUAACAUUGGUCAGUAUCAUUCAAAUCCCCCGCCCAAGCUCGCAAGGACUCCUCAACCUACCUCCACUUUGUCCGAAUAUUCGAGAGAUACGACUCACAAACUUCCGGUAGCACAGUCGGAAGGUCCUCCACGUCCCUCGCGCAGUGCUUUGAGACAGAAACCGAAGCCUAUUUUAAAAGCUCAGCCCCACGCUCCUACAAUGAUUCCAUCUGAUCGACCUUCCGAUAGAACUUCUGAGGUACCUCGACCCGUCGGCUUGGUGCGCAGCGGAAAACCGGACUGGCCUCCUCCCAUGGGGGGCAUCUCGCCGAGGCCGCCUUUGCCCUACAAACAGAAAAAUCAACCAUUUCAAGAACGGAAAGAGCUCGCGCUCGCACAGACCCUGGUGCAUCCCAUAACCCUGGCGCCUUUACCUAGCUCAUUGGCUACUCCUCAACCAAAAAAAUAUCGAUCAAAUAUUCCUCGACGUGUCGCACCACCACUGCUACGACACGCUCCACGAGAGAGCUCCCAAGACAGCCUGACUGACGCGGAACCACGAACUAGCUCAAGUCUCCGAGGUCAGAAACUAGCCGGCAAUGAUUUUGUCUUUCCAUCUUCCAGUUCAGAGAGCGAUGGGACCCCUGUCAUGUUCGCAAAGGGACGCCUCUUGGCUUCUAAGGCGCCUGAGAAGAAAAAAGAACGUUUUGGCCUCGGUUUUGGAUUCGCAGACUAUGGAGCAAAACUUCGAGGCAUGUUUGUCGACAAUUCAGCUCGUUCCAUACUUUCAACCACCAGCGAAGGCGAGAGCGCUGGAAAUGACGAUGGCAAUAUCCAGGACAACGAGAGUAUUUUCUCUGACCAUGCGGAUCAAGGCAGGGAGCGAGGCGACUCCACAAUUUCAGAUCGAUAUUCCCUGAGUAGUGCGGGAUCAAGUUACGCGGCUUCUGAAACGAUGGCUGAUUGUGACGAAUCCUGUGAUCGACGCAAAAGAGAGCUUCUUGGGCUAGUCGAUGGACUGAAGCCCAGUUCUCAAGAUCAUCCAACUCGAAGCGAAGAGAGCGAGUACUUUGGCGAGGAAGGGCUCGCAAUUGGUGGCUCUAGCGAUUCCAUCCAUAUCCCGAACUCAUCUUCCUGGGAUGAAUCGAGCAAGAGGGAGAGUGAUUCUGGCUCGGAGUAUUCUUUUAACGACGAAAAUGACGAAGGCCUCCGAUCGUCUACCCCUAGAGAUGGUCGUUCUCAUCCUCACUCUAAGGUGAUUCUAACCAUAGCAACGAGCUUUGAGGCUAACAGAAUGACUGUAUCAGUGAAGAACUCAGGAUUAUCAGUUGAACGGCCAUCCUCAGGGCACCCCCUACUCUCUCCACGCCGUUCUGUUCAUUCAAGCUACUUAAACUCACAAACAUCGCAUCCAUCACCGCAGAAUACGCCUAACAUCAACAUUGGCGGUCAACGAUACUCCUCAGAGUUUACGCGCAUGAUGGUCACUUCAGACGAGGCUGCAGUGCGCGAACGCCAGGCGUUUGGACUUUCUACGUCAUUUUCUGGCUCUGCUUCUGAUGAACCCUGCCUCACGCAUGCCGACAGUGACAUGUCGUCCAUCGCCGGAAAUACAUGGCAAUUCGAGUGUGAAGAUGAUGGCGUACAUACUGGUUCGCUCCUCAAUAGAUUGGCGACGCAGGAGUUCGAAUGCUCCAUGAACGCUCAACUCACACAAAGUGACUUGUCCUAUACAUCAUCUGAAUCAUCAGUCUCUGCCGCAUCGAUGUCAUCGGUCGCUCACGAAUUCUUGCAUUCGGAUCGGACGAACGCGCCCCGGGAUCAUCGAUGUCGUUCUUCUGCAGAUAUCUUUUCGUCUUGGGAAGACUUUCGUCGGUAUGUUUUGGAACAAUUCGGUGAGGUAGAGGUACGACGACAAGAGAUUGUCUGGAAACUAGCGGAGUCAGAGGAAACUUUCGUAAUCAACCUGCAGAACAUGGUGCAGCUCUUCAUCCUUCCCCUACGCGUCCGAAAUACGAAAGUCUGGGUAUCUGGCGUUCCAGACGAUGUCUCGAGGCUGUUUGACUGGUUAGAAGACAUUGUACACCUCCAUACAAAACUAUCCGCCAGUCUCAUCGGUCUUCGGGAUGUGCACAACGCCGACCUGCAGUGCGUCGGGGAAAUCCUUCGAUCUUUCAUGGCAAAGCUUGAGAUAUAUCAGCCUUAUCUGGUAAAGCUAGAGUUUGUCGCAACCAGAAUCGAACAUCUUGUCGCUCAGGAAAAAAGUGAUAUCGGGGAUUUUAUCAAGCUACAAGAGCGCUCUUCCUCCUGCCAGGGAUGGUCAUUGGAGAAAUAUUUGGUCGAACCUGUUCAGAGGCUCUCCCAAUACCCUGACUUUUUUCAUCGGCUCUGGCACGCAACCCCAAAGUCUCAUCCCGACUAUCUAUCAACACUAUCUGUUCUUCACUCUGCUAAACUUACGAUCCGUGUUCUCAGCGAAGUCAAAGAUCGGGAGGACGAAUACGAGUUUGUGAAAGACAUGUUCUCACGUAUAACGAACGUUCCCUCCCAACUUCCUUGCCGUAACAGGCGUCUGUUGAUGCACGGUCCUGUUGCAUGUGCUAGGGUAGAAAACGACGACGAUUUACCGAUUAUGCGCCCUUCCACCAACGUGCAUGGUUUUCCAGAGCCACUGAAAAGCCCAUCUUCGGAUUCGCGUAACGAAAGACUCUCGAAUGCGCUGAAAGGUUGGCGUGGGCGUAGUGGGUCAGUGCAGUCUACAGCCUCGACGGCAGUGUCGCUACAAUCCUUUCGUACUGCUCCAUCAUCAUUCGACUUUCGAUCUGAGCCACAAGCGGGGCCCAUAAAUAGCCCGUUGCUUCGCGUCGAGUCUCCGGCUGUUGACGUUCAGUUAUUCGUUUUCACGGACUUGAUCAUGAUGGCCUCCGCCACUAUUCAUGACGAUGAGUCCAAGCGUAGUUCUGCAAAUUUGUGCAUACUCGACAACUUUGGUCUCUCAAGAAUCCUUUCUGUGACAGACGAGACAGAUAGAAGAUCAUCCAUCUCACUAGAUUUAAUCCCACUGACUGCUGAGGAGCUCGAGAGAGGACAUGCAAAUUCAAAAGGACGAGUCUUAACCGUGUCGUUGUCGCAUGGCACUUCUCGAUCUUCUGUAUCGGAGGCGUCUAUGCAAUGCGCUGUUCUGAAGGAAUGGUUGGUACCACUGAGACAAUGUUGUCAGCACGCCCUGAGGUCAUUGUCUUCGCCAUCCACGAAGAGCCACCUGGCUCAUGCGUCGAAAGAAUCCGAGAUCAGUCAAUCAGUCUUGUCCAUUCUAGCAUCAGGGUUGCCAUUUCCUAAAAGUCCUUCCAUGCAGUUAUAUGGUGUCGAAUUAGGACAAGCAGGGGAUGCUGAGCAACAGGAAAGGGAAGAACGCGGGUGGUGGUCGCUGCGGUUCCACGAGGUCUUGCGAGAAAUACAAGGACGAGAAGUGGCACUUCUUCGAUAA